GAUCCCCGCCUUCGAUCAUGUCAUCAUGGUGUUCAUUGGAUUUUCCUCGGUGGUCAUGGCGUUUGAGAAUCCUCUUCGCGAUCCGAAUAGCAUGGAAGUACAGGUUCUGCAGAUUCUUGGCACGGUCUUCACGGUCAUUUUUCUCCUUGAAGUCGUGGUGAAGGUCGUGGCACUUGGAGCCUUUUGCAACUACGGAGAUGGCCGUAAAGCAUACCUGCGAAGCUUUGAGAACGUCCUGGACUUCGUCAUUGUCAUUGUGUCGGUGCUGGACAGCAUCCAGACCCGGUUCUUGGAGAACAGCGGUGGUGGGGUCAUUGCCGUGAUGAGGAUUUUCAGAGUAGUGAGGAUGUUGCGACCCCUCCGCCUGAUAUCUCGCAGCAAGAACUUGAAGGUGGUGGUGAAAACCAUCCUAGCUGCUAUUCCGGAACUCCGGAAUUUGCUGGUCUUUAGUUCAUUGUUUUUCCUGAUCUUUGGCCUGUUGGCCGUGGGCAACUUGAAAGGCUCUUACCACAGCUGCAAGGAUAACACGCUGGAGGACUAUUCUUUCACCCGCACACCUGAGAUUACUCCCAUGUGCAUCGGCGAAACAGCGAUAUCUGGUUCCUCUGAAACCUUGAAGACCAUGACGCAGCAAGCUUCUGGCGUGUGUCCAACUGGAUGGGAAACUUGGCAAAGAUCUUCCAGAGACACACCGAUCUGCGAAGUGCACUGUGAAGCUUCCAGCCAUGCUUCCUGCCAGACUUCGCCCUGGGGAUAUCAAGUCAUGCGGUGCACGGACUGCAGUGUGGCACAUUGCCCGGACGAGGACCAAAGUCGCCGUGAAUCUUGCGAAUCACGCUGCUCCAGACACGAAUACUUUUGUAAGGCUGGUGGAACAGAAUGUUUGGAGCAGUGCGUUGCGGCCUGUCUGUGCGAGACCAGCUGCUAUGGCUUGAUUGAGGAUGCGGCCUUGUGCACGGAGCAGGGUGGAAAAUGGGUGAAUUUGAAUCAGAACUUCGACAAUCUGCUGGUGGGGACCAUUGCUCUCUUCGAGAUCAGCACCACUGAAGGAUGGGUGGACGUGAUGCUUGCAGCAGUUGACAGCAGGGGGCCAUAUCUCCAACCGAAGCGAGAUGCCAACGAAUUUAUUGGCUCAAUGCUCUUUGUGGCAUUCAUGUUAAUAGGCAGUUUCUUCGUCCUAAACCUCUGCGUGGGUGUCAUCAUCGACAACUACAACAAACAGAAGAAGGAAAGCGACAUACAUUUUGUCUUGGUCACUGAUGUGCAGGCUGCAUGGAUGACGCAGAUGAAGGCAAUCUACCUCCGACGAACCUUCUUCAGUCAGGUCAAUGUGGAUAGGUUAGGACCUUCGCGGCAGCACCGAUUCAGGAUCAUAACAUCCUCUGCUUUUGAGAAUCUGAUCAUGGCCUGCAUCGUGAUACAGCUGUGCUUGCUGUUGCUGGUGUGGCAACCACGGGAUCCUGGUGGAUCCUUUGAGACGUUCUUGAACUCUUGCAACGUUUUCUUCAUCGUGGUCUUCCACAUCGAGUGCUUUGUGAAGCUCAGUGCCCUGUACUGCAAUUACUUCCGGGAGUAUUGGAACGUCUUUGACUUCAUUUGCGUCAUUACAAGUGACAUCGUGUCAAUUCUGGAAGCUUCCAUCGCUGGAGAUGCCACCGUGAACCUGAGCUCCCUGGUCAAUGCAUUGCGCAUCUUCCGUAUCGCCCGGUUAUUUCGAGUGGUGCGAGUUCUUAAAGGCCUCAACAAGUUGCUGCUUGCUUUUGCUCUAUCUGUGCCGAAGCUCUUCAAUGUGGGCCUGGUCAUGCUCUUGCUGCUCUAUCUCUACUCAGUUCUCGGAGUGAGUCUAUUUGCCAAGGUUGCAUACACUGGCGUUGGUCUCUAUGGCCCGCAAGCCAACUUCAGAACCUUUUUCCAGGCCUUUUCCAUGCUGAUCAGAUCAAUGACGGGCGAAGGUUGGAACUUCAUCAUGCACGACUUGAGCUUGUCGAAGUGGUACUACGAAAGCAUUCUGGAGACGACCUGUGGAGAAAUGAAUCUGGAAACUCUCGACUUUGCAACCUUGGACUUCAACAAGGAUGGCUUUGUGGAUCAUCCAACCGAGUGUGGGACGGGAUUCUCAUUCCUCUAUUUCAUCUCGUACACGGUCCUGGUGAGCUUCAUUUUCCUGAAUCUCUUCAUCGCUGUGAUUUUUGAAGGCUUUGAGGAAAGUCGCGGCAGUGAGCCGAUGGAAGUCAUCACCAAAUGCUUGGAGAAUUGGGAGAGGUAUGAUCCAUUCAACACGAUGUACAUCCCACUGAGCAAAGCUCUGGACUUCAUUGAUGAAACAGUUGAAGAGCUGAUGAAUGCGAAGCAACCACAGAAAGGUCAAUGCCUUCCGGAGCCGCGCUGGGAUUCCAGGAGCACCAUCGACAUGAACGCAUCUGAUGCCAUGUGGUCCAUGUACAAUCUGCAGUAUGUUCGAACCUUGGGAUUGCGAGUGCGAAGCGAUGGACAAGUGCGUCUUGUGCAAGCCUUCAAAGCUGUCAUGAGGCGCUUGGUGAUCAGCGGUGGACCAUACAGUAUUUAUCUGCCCCAGCACGAGAGACGUCAGAGGGUAAAAGAGAUAGAGCUGCUGGAAACCAUGAUGCUGAAUGCCACCGAAGAUAUCGAGCCGGAUAUGACUGAGAUUCUGGCCUUGGAAGCUCGGCAGGAGAAGCAGAUCCAGCAGGCUUUGGGACCCAGUGCAUCACCAGCACGAGUCCUCACCAGUACUUCCAAGACUUCGGGCGGUUAUGCGCACGAUGAGUUGGAAGAGUUUGACAUGCUGCAGAAAGUCGCUGCAGCGAAGAUUCAGCGCCGGAGCAAAGAAUCCUUUCAGCGGCGACGUGACAGAGCAGGUGGUUCUGCCAUAGGACAUCACGGUCCUAUCACGCGUGCUGCUGGCUGAUGCUGAUGCGACCAUACAGACUGCUAUUGUCACACAGAAAAACACUAAAUCUGGAAUCUGAAAGUCUAUGAGACGAAAGAAUUCCUCUUUUCUUGUUUGUUUUGAUCCAUUC